ACCAUCAUGAGCAAGCUUACAACCAGCUGAUAAUAUUCAGCUGACUGACAAAUCCUCAUGUUUUCUUCACGCCGCUAUUCAGUUUAUUGUUAACACUCCGGGCUGACGGUCACGACGGUCACCACUGAUUUUUUUUAACUCAAUCAACACACGUUUACCGCGAUAACAGCUCGUCAAAAUUUUUUUUUCAAAUUAUACUUAAAAACUUACAAAUCAUUGAGAGUCACUGGCUCAAAUAAUGAUUGUUUUCAAAAAAAUUUAUAUAGACACAUAUAUUAUUAAUAAAUAAAUCGUUUUUAUUCCGUUAAUAAACGACUUAAAAUGAAAUAAUAAUUAACAAGUAAUUAAGUCGUGGUUCGAAAAUACAAAAUUUUUAAUUCCCCUAAUUUCGAAUCGUUGAUUAUUUAUCUGAGUUUAAUGCACUUUUAGUAUAUAUUUUUUUUUUAAAAGAUUAAGAUAUAUAUUUUUUUUUAUUGACUGAAUAAACGGAAACAAUAUUGAGGAUAUUUUUAUAAUCUCGUCUUUAAAUAUUUCAAGUAUUUAAAGUAAGAUUUAUUGAUGUGAUUGAUCACUCAUUGAUCGAUAAAAUCAGCGGUAAACGUGAUAGUAGAUUAUUAUUGUUAUUAAUUAUUUAACUAUAAAUCUAUUUUAUUGAGAGAUGAAUAUUUAAAUCUAAACGUUGACGAAAUAUUUUUUUCAAAUUUUGAAACGGGAAAAGUACUAGGUCAAUAGUCAAUUUAACUCGUACCUGAAUUUGGGAUAUUUAGAAAAAUCGCGGGCUAGAAAUUCUGAUGAACGGAUGUGUGAGUGGUGGAAAAAAUUUGUGUUUAAUUUUUAAAUAAAUCAUUACAAAGGUACCUUGACAUUUACGAAAAUUCAAACUCGGCUCUUACUAUUUUAAAUAUUUUUUUAAAAAUAAUUCAAAAUGAGUAGAGCAUCCGCGGAUUAUGUAAAAGCUGUCGAAGGCGGAAUUCAACCAACAGAGAUUGUUGAAACUAAAAUAUAUAGAAUAAGAUGGUUUAUACUGGCGAUUUUUGUAAUAUACAGUGCAUCCAAUGCGAUGCAAUGGAUCCAGUACAGUAUUAUCACCAAUAUUGUUAUGAAAUACUACAAGAUUGAAAACUCUCUUCCGGUUGAUAUGACCAGUAUGAUCUACAUGAUAACAUACAUACCAUUUAUAUUUCCCGCGAGUUAUAUUUUGGAUCGAUAUGGCCUAAGAUAUGCAGCGUUGGCUGGUGGAUUUGGUACAGCUUUAGGUUCAUGGGUGAAAGUAUUCAGUGUUGGCCAGGACCAAUUUUGGAUAGCAUUUAUAGGCCAAACAAUCGUCGCCUCAAGUCAAUGUUUUAUUUUAUCUGUACCCGCUAGACUCGCCGCUGUUUGGUUUGGUCCAGACCAAGUCAGCAGCGCUUGUAGUAUCGGUGUCUUUGGUAACCAACUGGGUAUCGCAAUAGGUUUCUUGUUCCCACCUAUGCUGGUGAAAAACAGCGACGACCCAACAGUCAUUGGAGACGGUCUCAGAGUAAUGAAUUACAUGAAUUGUGCAAUAACGACUGUUAUUUUUUUCCUGAUAUUAUUCUUCUUCAAAGCGAAACCUCCACUACCACCGAGUCCAGUCCAGGCUGUACAGAAUGAGUUGGAAAAAUCGGAUGAUUUUCUACGCUCGCUAAAGAGACUCGGGUUGAAUUUUGGGUACAUGAUGCUGCUGAUGAGUUAUGGGAUAAAUGUCGGUAUUUUCUAUGCUAUAAGUACUCUGCUCUCUCGAAUUAUCGAUACCCAUUUUCCAGGAUCUGAAGAAGAUGCUGGUCGUAUGGGACUCGCAAUUGUUUGUUCGGGUAUGUUGGGCUCUGUUUUAUGUGGAGUAAUACUCGACAAAACUCGAAAAUUCAAAGAAACGACUCUAGUGGUCUAUAUAUUUUCAUUAUUAGGAUUGAUAUUAUUUACAUUUAUACUAAACAGUGGAACAAUAAUAGUAUUUUAUGUAACAUUAUCUUUAUUAGGAUUUUUUAUGACUGGAUAUUUGCCAGUGGGUUUUGAAUUUGCCGCAGAAUUGACUUACCCAGAACCCGAAGGUACAUCUGCUGGUUUAUUGAAUGCACUCGUACAAGUAUUUGGAAUAAUAUUUAUAAUGAUCUACGGUUAUCUAAUUGACAUUACGAAUGACUUUUGGGCCACAUUCGCCCUUUGCUGUGUCUUGGCUGUCGGCACAGUAAUAACGGCUAUUAUUCCCAAUAAUUUAAGAAGACAAAACGCUAAGUAAUUCUUAGCUUCUAUUUACAAAAACAAAAAAACAAAAUGAUAUUGAAGUUAGCCGACGUCUAAUAAUUUUUGGAUUUUUUUUUAGACAGUAAAUCUAAAAGAAAAAAAAUUUGAAAAAAUUCCACCUGUGGUUUUUUAAAUUUUCUACAUGUGCAUAUUUUUAGUUUUCAUUUUUUUGUAAUUGAUUUGUUGAAAAAAAAAAUCCGAAAAUUUUGAAUUGUCUGCGAACUUUAGGAUCAUAAAAACAAAAUAUAUAUAUAUAGACAAAUAUUAAUAUGGUAAUGGGUAUAUUCUUAUAAAUUAUUAAAGUAACGAUUACCUGAGGUUGAAUCUAAUUAUAGACAAAUUAUAUAACUGUUAAAUUUUUGAGUAUUUAAAAAAAGGAGCCACAAAUUUUGUGCCAAAACUUAAAAAGUUAAAUAUUUUAUUAGAUUCCAUUAAAAUAAUAAUAAAUAAAUAAAUGAAAAAUAUAUUUAUGAUAAAGUGUUACAACGAAUGAAUUUUCAUAGAAAUUUAUCAAGUAGAGAAAAUUAUAAAAAAAUUUAUUUUUAAUAUUUAGGGACCAGGGAGGGAUUUAAAUAAAUUUUACGCUCUAUGCGAAAAUAAUUCCACUAUUUUUAUAGGAAAAAUUAAUCGCCAUUUUUAUGCCAUAGAAGCCUGUACCUAUAAAUAUUUAUUUAUUGUUUUAUUUAUUAAACAAAAUUAGUAGACAAUAACAACAGAAAGCCAAUUAACAAAUAAUUUACUAUCCAAGUCUGAAAUUUACACUACUUAUUUUUUUUACUCUUUAGCGGAUUUAUAUAUUUAUGCAUUUAAAUUUAUUUAACAGUAUUUUUAAAAAACAAAUUAAAUGCCUACUUAGAUUUAAACUUUUUUUUUUAGCCAUGUAUAGAUUUAGUUGUAAUCAUAAUUUAUAGUAUUGAUGUGACAAUAAUUAUUAUUAUGAUAAACAUAAAUAUAUAUAUUAUAUAUUUUAAAAAUAAGUAUUGUAUUAUAUU